AUGCCCGGCUGCGCUGCAGCCUCUCUGGGACCCGAGGUUGUCGCGCGGUGGCCCGACCCGCAAAGCGCCGCAGUUCCCCCUGCGCCCCCUCCCACCCCGCCUGGCGCCGCACCACGUGGGGCCGGCGCGCCCGGCAGCAGAGGACCGGAUCCCGGGCUGUGUAGCACGCCGCGGGCCCCCCUUCCAGGAGGGGCGGGAAGGAAAAACGGGGCAGAGACGGGUAGAGGUGGGCGCUCCGGGGUGCCCUUUGCCUGCUGGGGUUCUCCGCUGCGCUCCCUCUGCUGGCUCAUAGCUGCUCCUGUGCGUCCGGGCCCCGGUCCCAUUACCCAGCCUCGGCCUCCCGCUGCGCAAGGAGGCGGGUCCUCAAGAGCCUCCCCCACAGCUUGUGUUGAGCCCCGAUGUCUUGCCCACAGCCCAGAGGCGCCGGGGUCAACUGCUGCCAGCCUGCGGCCCAGGGCGGGGGGUCUGCUCCCCGCCCGCUGGGCCGGCGCGACGUGCAGGAGCCUCCCGCGCGCCAGUCUGCACGCCGCGCACGUCCAGGGCCAGGGUGUUGGGGGCCAGCCCGUGGCAGGUGCUGGUCCCAUGCAGCUUGCUCCUGAGCCCUGUCACCGCUUCCAGUGGACACCUCCUCAGGAUGCCUCCCCACCUCCAGUGACCUCACCAUCAUGCGAAGCUGGCAGAGUUCUGAGCACAUCUCCCACUGUCAGGCCCACUGGGCGUCCUGCAGGAGAACCCGUAACAGCAAUGCUGCCCUCUCUUUCCAGAAAUGAAUCGUCUGCUUUAAUCACGGGGCUCUACAACCAGAGAAUGUCACUGCACUGGGAUUAUUUGCUUUCCACUCUGCCUGGCAGUCAUGGCUCACCAGCUUGCAGGUCCACACAGGGUCACAUCUCCUUCUGGGGAGCAGGGGUAGGAGUGCUCGUGGCCUGGAACUGAGGUGCAGGGACAGGAGACGGGCGAGCCAAGCAGAACAGCCGUCCAUGAGUCAUGGUUCCAGAACAACCAGCAAAUGGCUAGCACCUGCUCACCCACCCCCUCCCACACCUGCCAGCCUCACCAGGGGGUUUUGGCCGCUGGACAGUCAGGGUGGGGCCGGCCCAAACUGACCACCCCUCCAGAAGAAAGUGACAGAUGUUAGCACCAGCAGGUCCUGCCCUCCCCAUCAACAGAUGUCAAGACAUGAAAAAUUGGGGUAAAUGAAGGGUGCACGAUUAGAUUUGGGCCCAAGCUGGGUUCCUGUGGGUGCCAGAGACAGCUGCAAAGGCACGUCAGGGACAAUCACCCUGAUGCGGUGGGGGCUGCCAGGCCCGUGUGCCCGGGGACAGCUGGACGAGGUGCUGACACGGGGCUCCUUCCUCUGAAGCCGUCCCGCAGCUGCUGGGAGUGCCGCCAGCUGUGAGCUUGUGCGCCUCGGCUCCAGGGCUGUGCUGGGGGAGCUGCAGGCGGGCCCACCUAGGGGUUCCUGGGACACUAGCCCAUCUUGAGCUGAUAGCUCCUCUCAGGGGAGACCCCUUUCUCCCCUCCCCUCCCCUUCUUGGCCCUUUCUGGCUCUGUCCAGGUGGGGCUCAGCUCCAGGUCUCUUGAAACCAGCCCAGAGGGGUCAGGCCUCCUCUCAGCACCUCUGGCCUCUCCCGUGUCUUGGCUUGUUUUCAUAUAGUUUUUUGCUUGAAAAUGUAGGUUCAGGAGCCUCCCCCAGGCUCCUGGUGUUGGUGAACAGCUGCUUCGUAGAGACCCCAGCAUGCAGGCGCUGAGCGGUGGGGCGCGAGGAAAGCAUCUCGGUGCCCCGACCCAGCACCAGGCCCCAACCCUCCGGCUUGGGGUUUGCAGAAGAGGUUUGUUUUAGAGUGGGGCACAAGAUGUACCCAUGUCUAGAUAUUAUUUUAAAACUGUUAGUUGGGCUUCCCUGGUGGUGCGGUGGUUGGGAAUCCGCCUGCCAAUGCAGGGGACACGGGUUCGAGCCCUGGCCCGGGAAGAUCCCACAUGCCGUGGAGCAACUAAGCCCAUGCGCCACAACUACUGAGCCUGCGCUCUAGAGCCCACAAGCCAUAACUACUGAGCCCAUGUGCCACAACUACUGAAGCCGGUGAGCCUAGAGCACGUGCUCUGCAACAAGAGAAGACACCACAAUGAGAAGCCCGCGCACCGCAAUGAAGAGUGGCCCCCGCUCGCCGCAACUAGAGAAAGCCCACACGCAGCAAUGAAGACCCAAUGCAGCCAAAAAUAAAUAAAUAAAAUAAAUAAAUUUUAAAAAAUUAAAAAAUAAAAAAAUAAAUAAAACUGUUAGUUGCUCUCCAGCAUAGAUGAAGAUACAAGUUUAAAUGAAGAUGUAAGUAUAAAUGACAUGACUUAUUCCAACAGGUAAAAGCAAUGCCUUUUUAGGUGAUUCUGAAACAAGGACCAAAGCAGAUUUUUUUUUUUAAUUUUGGUGAAAUUCACAUAGCAUAAAAUUAAGUAUUUUUAGGUGUACAAUUCAGUAGCAUUUAGUACAUUCACCAUGUUGUGCAAGCAUCACCUCUAUUUAGUUCUACAAUAUCUUCAUCACCCCACAAGGAAACCCUGUCCCUGUUAGCAGUCACUCCUCAUCCCCCUCCCCCAGCCCCUGGGAACCACUGAUCUAAUUUCUGUCUCUGUGGA